UUAUUCUUGUUUCAAUGCCCUUGACAAGGUGGUUUUGGGAUGGCAUUGAGACUGGCACAUCACUUUUCCAGCGAGGAUAAGCCAAAUGGGGGCUGGCUUUAGUUGCUGAUUGAUUGGAAAUAAAAAAUUAUGUGAAUUAAAGGGCAAUAAUUAAAGAUAUGAUAAUAAUGAAAUUUGCUACCAAUAAAUAUUUUUUAAAUCUUGUCUCACUAUACUUGGCUGGAAGAUGAAAGACUGAUUUAACGCGGUUACUUUAAAGAUAAUAUAUUUCUCGGCAGAAUAUACUGUCUGUGGUUGCUAUCGUUUGUUAAUAAGAAAAUCAAAUUUUCAGCCAUGAAAAAUAUUAACAAGUUGGUUCAGUUUUGUUGCAUCAUCUGUGGUUGUAGUUUUUGCUUGACAAUAUUCCUUGUAAGAUGAAAGGCACCCUCCGAGAAAGGAAUAGUUGGUCUGAACUCCGAAUUGAAAAGCUCUGCUGAGAAGUCUAGAGCUACAAGAAUAUUAUGUGGUCCCAUGUGGCGUUCAGUUCUAGAAAGGGAGUUAGCAUCUUCAGAUGUAUCUGAAGAGGAACAAAUUAAUCUAUUGAAGGAUUUGGAGCGCAAAGAGACUGAGUACAUGAGACUUAAACGGCACAAGUUCUGUGUGGAUGAUUUUGAGCUUCUAGCCAUUAUUGGGAGAGGAGCCUUUGGAGAGGUUAGACUGUGCCGGGAGAAGAAAUCUGGCACUAUAUUUGCCAUGAAGAAGUUGAAGAAGUCAGAAAUGCUUAGCAGGGGACAGGUUGAACAUGUUAGAGCUGAAAGAAAUUUGCUUGCAGAAGUUGCCAGUCACUACAUAGUCAAACUUAUUUAUUCCUUUCAAGAUGCUGAAUUCUUGUAUCUGGUGAUGGAGUAUUUGCCUGGUGGGGACAUUAUGAAUUUGCUGAUCAGAGAAGAGACUUUAACUGAGACUGUGGCUAGAUUUUACAUUGCCCAAAGUGUUCUGGCCAUAGAAUCUAUUCAUAAGCAUAACUACAUCCACAGAGACAUUAAACCUGACAACCUUCUAUUGGAUAAAAAUGGUCACAUGAAGCUCUCCGAUUUUGGUCUUUGCAAGCCUCUUGACUGUUCAAAUUUGUCUGAUAUAAAUGAAAAUGAAGUGAUUGAUGAUGAGAAUUUGAGGGAAUCAAUGGAUGUUAAUGGAUGCUUUCCAGAUAAUGCAAAAGGAAGACGCUGGAGAAGCCCCCUUGAACAGUUGCAGCAUUGGCAGUUAAACAGAAGGACAUUGGCAUUUUCCACUGUGGGCACACCUGAUUACAUUGCUCCUGAAGUAUUACUGAAGAAAGGAUAUGGCAAAGAGUGUGAUUGGUGGUCUCUUGGUGCUAUAAUGUAUGAGAUGCUUGUGGGUUACCCUCCAUUCUACUCUGACGAUCCAAUAACAACAUGUAGAAAGAUUGUUCACUGGAAAAACCACUUAAAAUUUCCGGAGGAGGCAAGGUUGACUCCUGAAGCAAAGGAUCUGAUCUGUAAGUUGCUUUGUGAUGUUGAGCAUAGGCUAGGUACUCAAGGGCCAGAACAUAUCAAAGCUCAUCCUUGGUUCAAAGAUAUUGUAUGGGACAAACUCUAUGAAAUGGAGGCAGCAUUCAAACCAGAGGUCAAUGACGAACUUGAUACACAAAAUUUCAUGAAAUUUGAUGAGGUGGAUCCUCCAACGCCAGCAAGAACUGGUUCUGGAUCCAUAAGGAAGACGUUGUUGACUCCCAAAGAUUUAAGUUUUGUUGGUUAUACAUACAAGAACUUUGAUGCUGUCAAAGGGAUGCGUCAUUCUUUUGAUAUAAGGAGUAGCACGUCGCCACCACGUUCGUCAAUUGAUUCUAUUCGCAGUGAUUCUGCCGUGGACUACUCUGUCCAGCUGACAACUGAUGAUGAUGCAGAGACACUGAUCCAUGUUCCGUCAGCUGAUAUCAUUUCAGAGUGAUGAGCAAACCAAGCCAUCGCCUUGUAAAUCUUUCUUUUUUUUUUUU